CGAAACCUGGUUUCCAGAGUUUCAUUAGAUAUAAAUCCACCAUGUUGCUCACGGGCUGCCAGCAGGUCAUCUCCAUGGCUUUGGGGAUUGCGAAAUCGGUCUCCAUUCGUUACAUCGAUUCCAUUGAUUGAAUUUCAGCAUCAUUGUCAAGUGUCAGUCUUGAAAGGCGCUCGAUUGUACAUACCUACAACCGCGGAGUAUUCCUACAAUGGUUCACAGGGAAACUUCAGACAUGGGCGAUGCACCACAGCAGCAGCAGCAGCAGCAGCAGCAGCAGCAGCCCAGCUCCCUCACCACAACCACCAUGGCGAACCCCUCUCUCAACAGAGACACCCACCUCGCCGAGAAGCUGGCCGCGCUACAAGCGCACGGCGUCAGCGCGCAAUCGCUCCCUACCUCCGAUGACUCCGUCCUCUACCUCGCCUACGGCUCGAACCUGAACUCAGAAACCUUCCUCGGCAUGCGAGGCAUCCGCCCUUUGUCCAGCACGAACGUCGUCGUCCCCAGUCUGUGGCUUACCUUCGAUCUACCGGGAAUACCUUACGCGGAGCCGUGUUUCGCGGCAACGAGAUACCGUCGGGGUGCGGCCGAGGGCAUCGAGGAUGAGGACAGGGGAUAUCAAGAUGGGGAGGGCAUCGCAAAUGUCCGCAGCGACACGGACAACGCUCCACCGAAGGAAACAGACUCCUCCCUCCCCCUCCUCACGAACCACAACCGCAACCACAAUCCCACAGGCGGAGAACCAGACUACAGCCCGCGCAUGCCGCUCGUCGGCGUCGUCUACGAGGUCACCCUAUCCGACUACGCGCGCAUCAUCGCCACCGAAGGCGGCGGCCGCGGCUACAUCGACACCGUGAUCGACUGCUACGCGUUCCCCAAGACCUACAAUCCCCAUACGGACCCGCACACACAUUACUGUCCCCUGGCGCGGCGGCUGCUGCUGCUGCUGUUGCUGCUGCUGCUGCCGCAACCGCAACCGCAACCGCAACCCCCCAUUCCACCCAAAACCCCCAAAUCCACCCGCCCCAACCCCUUCUACGCCCAACCCUCAGCCCGCUACCUCGGCCUCAUCCGCGCCGGCGCCGCCGAGCACAACCUCCCCCGCGCCUACCGCUCCUAUCUGGCCGGCAUCCGGCCGUACCGGAUCACGACGCGGCGACAGCGGGUCGGGCAGGUCGCGUUCCUGGCGGCGUGGGGGCCCCUGGUCAUGGUGCUGAUCGGGCUGGGCCGCGCGCUGGCCGGCCCGGAUGGUCGGCAUCCGGGUUGGUUGGUGCGGGCGCAGGAUGCGGUGUUUGGGGCGAUGUGGCGGUCGUAUGAUUCGUUUUUCGUGAGGGUGUUUGGGGAUGGGGAGCGGACGGUUGGGUCUGCGGUCAUGGAGGGGGAGGAUGGAGAUGGAGAUGGGGUGGUGGGGGUGAUGGACGUACCAGAGGGGGAGGGGGUUUGUUGA